CUCAGUCAAGUGUACGAAAAAAAAAUCGCACAAUUUCUGUGACGCGGCCUUCAUUCAAAAUGGCGGCUGAGGGCGAAAACGUGACGGGGGACUCCGCAAAUUCAUCAACUCCGCCUAAUAAUGAAACAUCUAAAGCUAUUUCAUAUACAUUAGAAGCUCUACAACUUAUCAAAGAUGCCCAGCAGCAGCAUGGUCUUAGACAUGGAGACUAUCAAAGAUACAGAGGUUACUGUUCUAGAAGAAUCAAAAGAAUUAGAAAAUCAUUACAUUUUCCUCAGGGAAACAGAAACAGGGUAACACCUAAAAAGAUCAAAGAAGAAAUACUUACAGACACUAGAUACUUGCACUUGCCACUGUUUUGUGCAGAAAGGUGUUGGGCCUAUGCUAUGCAGCUGAAGUCUGAGGCUAACACAGAGCCACGUAAACGGUUUCAUAUGAUUUCUAAAUUGAAGAAGGCAGUAGUGUAUGCAGAGGAGUUAGAGUCCAUUGGAAACAGUGUUAAAUGUGAUGCUCGAACCAAACUGGAGUGCCAGGCUUACAGUGCUUGGAUCAAGGGAUGUUUGGAAUUUGAAGAAGGAAAAUGGGAGAGUGCCAUGGAAUAUUACACUAAAGCAAAAACUAUUUAUGAAAAGUUGGCUAAUGCAUUUUCUGAAGAAGUGCAAGCAGUCUACCAACAACGUGUGGAUGAAAUAGCUCCAAACUUAAGAUAUUGUGCUUAUAACAUUGGUGAUGAGUCAGCAUUACAAGAUCUUCAGAAGAUGAGGAUUGCAGCUGGGGGAGAUCAACUCUCUUUCAAAUUGGAUGAUUUGUUAUCACAAACUAGAGAAAAACAAGCUGCCACUUUGUCAGAGGUCACCUGGAGAGGGCGAACAGUCCCUGUGAAAGUUGAAGCUGUUAGGCUGUUUCUUUUAAACAUGCAGGACUUGAACACAGAGCUUGCUGCUGCUGAGAGUCUGGACAGUCGUGUUUCUAUUUAUGAAAGUAUUCUCAAGCAGUGUAUUGAUGCCCAACAGGCUCUUCGAGAUACAUUGCAGGAAGAUCAGGUGUUUAAGGCAGCUGUGCGGGGUCAACCUAUUGAAGGAAAGAUAUCCAACCAACACUAUCUUCAUUCAUACCUAAUGUAUAUUCGUUUGACUACAACUGUGGAUAGAAAUUUACUUAUGAUAGAAAAUCUAAAACAAAAUUUACCUGAAAACAACAGAGAGGAAGGACGUAAAAUUACAAAACCUCAAGAUUUGGUCCGACUUUAUGACAUUAUCAUACAGAAUCUAAAUGAUAUUCCAAAUCUUCAUGGUAUACAAGAGGAUGCUACAAUAGUUUCUGAAAUUGAAACUUCAGUUUUAGGUUAUAAAGCAUUUAGGUCAUAUUACAUUGCAAGAUCCUAUGCCAGUGCAAAGAAAUGGAAAGAAACUGUGUCGCUGUACCAAAGAGCAUUGGAUAACUGUAAAAAAGCUAUUGGUGGUCUCAAGAAGCAAACACAAAAUGGCAAAAUUAAGCAAGAAAUCUCUGCAUUAGAAGAACUUGAACAACAUAUUAGUGGACAGAUGUUCUCAUGUCAAGCUUACAGCAUAUUGGACUCCAGCUCCACUGGAGAACAGACAUUUUCUACACAAGUCACUGAUAAGAGGCCACUUGAGGACAGACUGGAUGAAUACUUGCUUGAGAAAUCAUUGACAUCUAAAAAGGCAACAUUGACAAGAUUCCCUCCUGAGUUUGAACCUAUUCCAUGUCGCCCUCUGUUCUUUGACUUAGCAUUAAAUCAUAUAGAGUUCCCAUCAUUAGAAGAUAAGUUAGAACAGAAGAAGGCAGCUGGUGGAGGUCUGACAGGAAUGGUCAAAGGAUGGUUGUUUGGAGGUGGCAAAAAGUAAACAAAAAUGGUGGUUGUUUUUUUUUUUUUUUAAUUUUCUUUUGGAGUCAUAAUUUAUGAAAGCAGAACAUUUAAUUUCAGUUUUUUCAAGUUGAUGGGCCAUUUGUAAAUUAUAUUUUCUUAUAUACUACCACUACAUUUGUUUAAUUUACUUUUGACUAGUUCUCAUCAAAACUUAGUGAUUUUGUGCUAGUCAUCUCUUCAAGACAGCUUUAGAUGUAGGAGGAAAAUAUUUCUAAAAUGUGAGCCAAGUUUAUUGUUACAAAUAUGUUACAAUUAAACCACCAUUUCUUGAGCAUUUAGUAGGACAGUGAGUUAUCAACUCUUGCUUUGUUUUGUUUUUUUAAACAUGAAAAUCUCAAUUAGAUAUGCUCGAACUAAUUUGAAUGAUUCUUCACUUGAAGAUGACUAUGUCAAUAAAUAUGCUUUUUUUUAAAGCAGCUCAUCUUUGUUUUGGUAAAUCAAAUCCAGUCAAAAAAACUUUCAAUAUUUGUUGAAUUGAAUAACUAAUUGACUUAGUGUGACUAUGAAAAACUAACAUGACCCUAUGACUUUAUCUUAGUCAUGUUCCAACAUGCUAACACCUGCUGACAAAUCUGAAGUGGAGAGUUUCGCUAGAAACUAAACAAUGUCAAGGAUGCUCAAUUGAACUUCACAACUGCCAACUAAAUAAAAAUUCUGCUGUGUGAAAAAGGGAAACAAAAAACUAAUCAGUUAACUUUGAAGACACAGCUUCCUUUAUUUUGUUAACUGGAUACACCAAUUAGCAAGUUGUUUAAAGUUUUUCCACCGUGCAUGAGGAUCUCCAAUAGCAGAAUCAUGUUUUCUCUCCUGUUCAUUGAGUUUGAGUUGAAGGCUCCAUAGUUCUUUGUGUGCAAUGUUUGGCUGCAGGUUUUUGUUGUCUCUGUUUCUGUACUUCACUUUGAGUUGAAUCCCAACAAAAGCUCAAGAAAAAUACAUUUUAUUUGUAGGCGAUGCUUUGAUUUUGUUUGAUGUAUCAAUGAGUUCAUAAAGACAGCUAGUUUAAAUGCUGUAUCAAAGUAUUUGCUCUUAAAACAUGUUUUCAAACUGUAUUCCUUAGGAGUCUAAGAGUUGGUUGUUAUUUUUUUAUUUUAGUUCCAUCAGUGUGAACUAGUUUUAAAUUAUAUUUUAUGUUGUUUCAAUCAAGUUGACUAUGUGAUAUAUUACAAAAGUUGUACAGCUACCAGAAUGUAUGAAUGCAUAAGAUGGUGAAGGAUAUUUAUUAUUUUUAUCAUCAACUUGAAUUGUUUCAUUAUAUCUUUGUGAAGUGUAAUGUUACUGUUUACCAAAGUAGAAUAACACUUCAUUUCUUCUUGAAGACUAAAGUUAUUGUAUGCUGCAAGUCUUAUGCAAUUUGUGUUAAUAGCAUUUUCUUUUUUUCUACUAACUAAAUUAUCAUUUAUUGAAUGUUUGCGAUCGCUAGCUUUAUCUUCUGCUGACUUAUUUGCUAUUAACCAAAUAUCCUUGAAUUGUUGAACCAAGCACAGGAGUAGUGAGUAAGUAGACUUACACAAAGUAGUGAGACACAGGCUUAGAACAGCAGAGUUUACUUUGAAUAGUUCCUGUCCAUAAACCAUUUUCUGCUCUGUUCCACUACACAUAACUGGUUGUGUUUACGGCACUUCACUGGAACAGCUGAUGGUAUCUUAAAUGUGUUUAUGGGCUCCUCUUUCAGGUGGACAGUAUUUGUUUGUUCUUUCUAGGUAUCAAUUGGGGAUUUCACCAAUCGCUCAAUAAACAACAGUAUGAAUUCACCAUCAUGCCAUUGUGGUAGGCUUGGUUAGGAGUAUUUAGUAUAUUUAAUCAUUGCCAAGUAAUCCACUUAACUUCUACUUUGUGUAUGUUAACUUGGUAUGUAUAAAAGAAAGUCACCAAUUAUGUCCUUAACAAAUACCUGAACCCAAGAGUUCAUGGGUGAAUUUGUACUUGUUGUACAGUAUUGAGUUUUGUGCAUUAUUUUAGUCCAAGUUUGUAAAUGCUGCAAAUAAAAGGUGGCUGGAUAAAUUGUAGAAUGUGUCUCCAUAAGUAAUGAACCUUAUGAAAAGAAAUCAACCCUAUGUGAUGGGACUCGUGAGUAUAAUCUUUAUAACCACUUACCUAUAUAAACAAAAAGUGUGCAUGAAGCCAAGUGUCUCUUUGUAACUUUGUUAUAAAAAAUAUGAGGAAAAAAAAAGUUAGACCUACAAGUAUAAAAUUUAGAAAUUAAAAAAAAUACAAGACUGUCAGAUUUCCCUCCCCCCCCAAAAUCUCAUUACAUGCUGCCAACUAAUAUUGAGUUAAAUUAACUCAGUUGUUGUUUUAAAUAGAAAUAGAUAUUUAUUGAAAUUUAUAUUUUGUUUUUCUUUAAAAAUAAUUUUGUUUUUGCUUUCCACUUUGCAUUUACAAUGUAAUUAAAGUACUGGUAUGCUCACAAUCUAGUAGAUUAUGUCUUGUCUGAAUGUAAUCAAAUAAUGUAUUGAUUUCUAUUCUUGUUUCUUUGACAUUGGGUUAUGGCAUCCAGUUGUACAUGCUAUCUCUGUCUAGUAAAUUUGUUGAUUGGCCCAUUAUGACAUUUGAUGUAAGUUUGUCCUUUAUUUUAUUUCCUGCAGUACUUUACAGUUUAAACAUUAAAAGAUCAAUUUCUUGCA